UACGCUUAAUCUCAUCCUAGUAUCAAGAGCCAUAAAGAUCCAUAUCAAUGGUCUCAGAAAUUUCCUCUUCCUCCACCACCCAAACAACCAUGACUCAAUCUUCACUUGGUCUUCCCAUUCCCCCUCCAACCGUUUCUAAUAUCAAAGGUUUUGUCCCUGUUGAAUUAACAUACAUCAAUUAUCUUACUUGGAAGAAAAUUUUUCUUACUGUUCUUAAAAGUCACAAUCUUCUAUCCCUAGUAGAUGGAACUGUAUCAUGCCCCUCACAAAAUCAUGAGGAUUAUAAGUUAUGGAUUCAGUGUGAUACUAUCGCAAUGAGUUGGAUUAAUGCAACACUUUCUCCAGCAGCUCUUGACACUCUUCUUAACUAUGGUUGUGAGACAUUCAAAGAAGCUUGGGAUACACUUGCCUCCCUCUACCUUGACCAAGUUUCCUCUUCUUCAAUCCAUUUGAAGUCCAAGUUCCAAACCUUCAAGAAAGGUUCUCUAUCCAUGGAGGAUUAUUUACAAAAAAUUCAUUCUAUUGCUUGCUCUCUUCGAGCAAUUGGAAAAGCCGUAACUGACGAGGACAUAGUUACUCAAGCACUGCAAGGAUUGCCUUCCUCUUAUCGCACUUUUAUUUCUGGCCUAAAUGCUACUGGUACUCUUCCUUCAUUCAUCGCAUUGUGGCCAUUAUUGCUCAUUGAAGAAGCCCAUAUUAAGGCAGCCACUCCAGAUGACUCAAACUCACAAACGGCUUUGACAGUAUCGACUCGGGCUAAAGGUUCAUAUGAUGCUCCCUCUCCAUAUCAAAGUUCAUAUUCUAGAGGACAAAAUAAUGGUCGUGGACGAGGUAGGACCAAUAGAGGCUACAAUUUUAGGGGUCAUGGGCAAAGUAAACAGCAUUCUCCUCGCUUUUUUUCUCCUCAAUGGCCUGGUUUUCAAUCAUCCUUUCGCCAUCCCUCACCUAUGGCUGGGGUAUUGGGACGUCCCCCCUUUAGUCCCUCUAAUCAGUGCCGAAUUUGCUUUCAUUUUAAUCAUACUGCGCUUGAAUGCAAAAAUAGAUUUAAUCAUUCUAAUGCUUCUAAUCUGCCACCUAAGUCUUUUGCAGCCAUGAGCCUGGAAGAAGUUCGUCCUACUACUUGGUAUCCUGACUCUGGCGCUUCAGCCCAUAUGACCCAUGAUCCCGCUAUUUUAUUGUCUCCUUCCUCCUAUACCGGAUCAUCUCAAGGCAUGGUUGGUAAUGGACAAGAAGACCAAUCAAGUGUUGCUCCACUGUGAUAAUAUUGGGUCACUUUACCCUUUUCAAGUUAUUCCGUCUUCUUCCUCUCACCUUGCUCUUUCCAGUGAUGUUUCGUCUCCUACAAUUUGGCAUCAAAGGCUCAGGCACCUUGGUCAACGAUCUCUUGCUGCUUUAGUUCAUAGAAAGUUGAUUCCUUAUGUUUCGUGUUUUGACAAUAAUUCUUAUACUGUUUGUCAUUUGGGCAAACAAAUAAAAUUGCAGUUUAAUCUUUCAGUUAGUCGUGCAAAUAAACCUUUUGUUCUAGUUCAUUCUGAUGUAUGGCAAGCUCCCUUACCCUCAAAUUCUGA